UGAUAAAUUUUCAGGCAGGCAGGCUCCAGACUUCAAGAUUCAGCGUUUUGUGUGUAUUGUAUUUUGUUUUUUAUUUGAAUUUAUUGGCAAUUAACUAAUUUAUUUUAAUGGCUGCGACAAGGAGACUUCAAAAGGAGCUCCAGGAUAUCAGGAAAUCCGGCAUGAAAUCCUUUCGAGAGAUCCAGGUGGACGAACACAACAUGUUGACCUGGCAAGGACUCAUUGUACCAGAUAGUGCACCGUACAAUAAGGGAGCGUUCCGAAUCGAGAUAAAUUUUCCUCCCGAAUAUCCAUUCAAGCCACCGAAAAUAACUUUUCGAACCAAAAUUUAUCACCCAAAUAUUGACGAAAAAGGUCAAGUUUGCUUACCGAUCAUCAGUGCAGAAAAUUGGAAACCCGCAACUAAAACAGAUCAGGUUAUCCAAGCUUUGGUUGCACUAGUCAAUGAUCCCGAGCCAGAACAUCCGUUGAGAGGCGAUUUAGCAGAGGAGUAUUCAAAAGAUAGGAAAAAGUUUAUGAAAAAUGCGGAUGAAUACACCAAAAAGUUUGCUGAGCGUCGUCCAUCAGAUUAGUGUAAUUGUUUUUUAUACUGAAAGAAGAAUUGCAAUUAAAAAUUUCUCAGCAUUCUACAUUCUCUCUACUUAUCUUUAAAUUGGCAAUUGGUUAAUUAUUAUUAUUGAUGAACCUUUUUGGAAAAACAAAAUUCAAUUCAAAUAUAUUCAUGUAAUUCAAUGUCAACUAUGUAAAGAAGCUUAAAUAUUCAAACGUGUCCAGUAUGAUUAUUUUCAUUGGAAGGCUUAUGAAUAUAGAUUAAUACUUUAUUAAUCUAAUCAAAGCCGAAAAAUAUUAAUCUUUCUAUCAGUCAGUAUUUCAGAUACAGUUGAUUGAUCCUCUCCUUGGUUAAAUAUCCAAUCAUAAGAUGAAAAAGAUAUUUCCAGAAUAAUGCUACGCUUAAAGCAAUGGGAACUGCCAAAAAUUGAUUACGUUAAUCUAAGUAAUUGGAGUGUUAACUCAUGAUUUCAUCAUGUUUGCGAUUCAAACUACAAAGAAAAUGAAUUUAUAGCUCUGAAUAAAGUUGACAAGUUUUA